CUCUAACACCAAGCGCACCCUUCAGCGGCUUUAUAUAUUGUGUGAAUUCUGCAACCAGAACAUAGACACUCUCGAUAACUAUAUGCCUAUAUCUUCCGCGUCCGAAGAAGAAAAUGGCUCGGCUCCUCAACUGCCACCCGACAAUCUCCCGAAACGCCUUUGUUUUACUCACCUAGACGAGGACCUCGCUCCGGGCCUCCUUCUCGAGACUGAGCUCAUGAUCCUCUCCCUUGCUGCCGGCAUCAAUGACGCAACGACUUUCCCUGAAUACCGUGUCUUCGCCUCCAACCAGACGGGCAACACCGCCUUGUUGGCAGUCGGUGCACUCGCUCUUGCGCCUGAAGCAGUCGAUCUGCCCAACGUCGCUAUCAGCUUGAGUCUGUUCGUCAUCGGUGGCACAUUCCUAGGUCAGCUCGGUCAUAUCGUGGGUCGUACAAAACGGUCGUGGUUGAUCACGACAAACGUCUUGCAGACGUGUCUCGUCUUUGUGGCUGCUGCUCUUCGACAUUGGGUUUCAACCUCCAAGCACUCUCCCUACCGCUAUUUCGUUAUCUCGCUGCUCGCAUUCGCUUCGGGAGGACAGGUUGCAAUGGCACGUACAGUCAACGUACCGGAGAUCACAACCGCCAUGGUCACAUCGGCGUACAUUGAUUUCUUCGUGGAUCCGAAGCUCCUAAUGAGAAAGAACAGGUCACGGGACCGAAGAUUGUUUUUCGUUUUAGCGUUGCUGAUAGGCAGUUUCAUCGGUGCUGCGGGAUACCAGAAGGUGUCGGCGUCUUUUUCAUUGCUAUUGGUCGGUCUGUGUAAGCUAGGGGUUUGCGUAUUAUUGUUGUUCAACCGGGCGGUUACUCCAGCGGAGGAACGAAGGGAGGGAACAGAUCCCAUUCCGCAGGCCGCGCACUCGGCCUAAUCCGCAGGCAGAGUAAGAGAACACAGACGUCAUGAUGAAUGGAGAUAUACUGGAGAUUGCGGGUAUUGCUGCGCUGCACACGGCUUUUGUGGAACGGGUCACAAAUUUUGCGCUCUUCCGCGAAUCAGGGCACAUCCAAAUGCAACAUACGCAAGGGUCAGCGAGUGACAUCACAACAAAAGUCGGAUGUGCUCAACAAUAAAUCUAUUCUCGCUCGAAAACUUCAAGUUAGUAGGUUCGGGUGGCAGAUCCCGACUCAGAAGACCUGCACCUUUGCUUCUUCUUCACAAUCCGAGCUCAUUUUCUAAUUUUCAAGAUGAGUUCUUCGCAAACUUAUUAUGAGUCGACGGCAUUGAUGGUUAUUUCGUCCGUAUCCAUCGAUCUCGGCCCUCCCACCCUUCGAGGUGUCACGCCUCACGAUCAGAUUUUCCCUACUCGCCGUUAUUAUCGAACUCACUUCCACCCCCAGAGUAUGGGCUCCCGAAGACUGAAAACACCAGCACCUCCCUCGAGUCGAUCUCCAACACCAGAGCAGAAAGACAAGCCGAAUGGUUAUCGCCUGUCCUCCGGCCCCUACAAAGCAAGGAAAAUGCUUCCACAUGACCGCCAUCCGAUGGGCACUCACACAAGAUCGCGUUCGAUACCCAUUUUUUGACCUAGGACAACCACCAUUGAGUGACGAAACCUAAACACCCAAGAUCCUCAGGGGAAGGUGUCAAAUAUAUUGAGGAGCAUAUCUUCGUCGUAGAUGAGCAAGUGGAUGAACAUUAGCUGCAGGUGGCGCUGGGGAUGAAAAGGUGGCGAUAUGGGCUGAUGCCCUGUGGAGAUGUGUGAUGGGCCUCAUGUCCGAUGGCCAAGAGCCCGACGGGGCACGGUGAGCAAAGGAAACAAGAGAGAAGGAGUAGCCUCUAGGGAUUCACAGAUUGGAGACGGCACGAAACUGCUCAGAAUGCAAAGCGUCUCCCACCCACGGCAUGUGUUCACACGCAAGGAAUGGGCAGAGGGACUGUAAGGUCGCUCGUACAGGAUGUAGACCUCCCGGUUGCACAUGUUCGGAAGAUUGUGUCAAAGGAAGUAAGGAUCAAUGUCAAAAUGAGAUGCUGCUGU